AUGCUUUCCCUGCGCCGCGCUGCCGCGGCUCCGUCGUCGGCAAUGUUGAGCCGGCUGGCCAGAUCCGCCACGGCAUCCGCCCUGCGACGCGCACCGUUUGUUUCGCAGGUCCGCGGCGUCGCCACGGACGACAAUUCGACACCGCGGGCGUCUCCCGACGAACCUCAGCUCGACGUGGCUGCUUCCACUGCAUACGUUAUCGUGCGCGAACCGAGGGGGCGACCUCGCAAGCCGCUGGCUGGGGGCCCGGGCCAGGGCAUAACGAGACGCUGGUCGAAGCCCAAGGAAGAGGGCGAGGCCAGCGGCGUGCAGACCGCCAGCACCGGGGAGGCGCAGCCAUCGGACCAAACAUAUGCGCCGCAUAUGUACAAUAUGGGCGUCUUGCGUAAGCAUGUUAUCGGAAAACCCACAAGAGCAAAGCCGAGCGAGACGGGGCCAGCCAUUGACGGCAUCGUGCAGUCCGUCGAGUACGCGAGCCAGACGGACGAGCUCAUACUGCAAUUCCGCGGCGUGAGGGGGCCGGUACGGGUGUCGACACUGUGGCUGCGCGACACCUGCGCAUGCCCGACGUGUGUGACGGCGUCGUCGGGCCAAAAGUCGUUCCACACGCACGACCUCCCACGGUCGCCGCGCGUGCAAGAGUGCACGAUCGUCACGGAUCCGGCUAGCUUGCGGACGUCGCUGCGCGUGGUCUGGGAUCCCACACCAAAUAAGGCCGACGUCGGCACGGAAGCCGCUGGCGCCGUUGCCGGCGCCGACACGCACGCGUCGCUAUUUGACACGCAAGAGCUGCUCUUCCGGCUGGCGCAGCUCGACCCGCCCAACUACCCUGGGCAGCUCGAGCGUCGCCUGUGGGACCGGACGACGAUCGAAGCGGCACUCAAGCCUGUGUCGUAUGCCGACUGGAUGGCGCCCGACGACGGCAGCAACGCCGAAUUUUACCGCGCCCUGCUGGACCUGCACGCGCUGGGCAUUCUGAUUGUGGACGGCGUGCCCGAGUCGGAGACGGCGGUGCGCCAGAUUGCCGAGCAGAUUGGCAACAUCCAGAACACGUUCUACGGCGAGACGUUUGACGUGGUGUCCAAGCCGAAUGCCGAGAACGUGGCCUACUCCAAUGUGUUUUUGUGCCUGCACCAGGACCUGCUGUACAUGAACGACCCGCCCUACAUCCAGCUGCUGCACUGCCUGCGCAACGACUGCGACGGCGGCGAGUCGCUGUUCUCGGACUCGGUGCGCGCGGCCACCGAGAUGCAGGUGUGCAGCCCCGAGAAGGUGCAGGUGCUGACCCGCGUCCCCGUGCGCUACCACUACGAGCGCAACGGCCAUUACUACUACAACGCACGGCCUGUCUUGGAGCUGGAGCGGGACGGCGGGGCCCGCUCGACGCUGCUGGGGGCCGAACGCGCACCGCUUGGUCGUACCGGGGACCGCAUCAAGCAGACGGCCUGGUCACCGCCGUUCCAGGACAGCAUGCCCUACGACCUGACCAAAGCCAUGGAAUUUCCCGCCUGGUUGCGCUCCGCCAACCCCGUGUCGUAUCCGCACCCCCGCGACAAGCUUGCCGCGACGUCGCAAGCGACGCGUCUCGCUCUGUGGCACGACGCCGCGGCCGAGUUCAGCGAGCGGCUCGAGGACCCCCGCGCGAUGCUGGAGCUCAAGCUGCAGCCGGGCCAGUGCGUGCUCUUCAACAACCGGCGCGUGCUGCACGGGCGGCGGCAGUUCAAUGCGUCCGCCGGCACGCGCUGGCUCAAGGGCACGUACAUUGACGAGCAGACGUUCCAGAGCCGGCUGACGGACAUGGUGCGCCGGGGCCGCGUGCCGGGCCAAGAGACCACCGAGGCCGAACGGGAGGCGCGACCGACAAACACGCCGCCCUUUGGGCCGUUUCCUCGGCCGUCGUGGGUGCAAGGGGCUAUGGAUCGGUCGCGGGUGGUGGAGAUGAUGAAAGAAGCCGGGCGGCCGGUCCCGGAGGGUACACGCCAGAGCCAGCCCUGGACCGCGGAUGAGUAG